GAACUGGAAAGUGCGACGAGCCUCGGGGCGGUCAAUCCCAGUCCUCAGGCUCCUAUGAGGCUGUAUGAAAGUUGCCAGAUGCAUGUAAAAUGCUGAUCAUCUGCCCUGGCAGCGGUGGCGCUCGAUGUGAUCCUGCAACUGGAAUGAGUCAGGCAGAGAGGAAGGGAGGUUGUCCAAUGCCAGCUUGGGUCCCCCUGGCAUAGUCUAGACGGAUAAUGCCGCGAGGGGCACGUCGAUAGUUCAGCUGUGCACCAUGCAGUUUCCUCCAAGGAUGGAGGAGAUUGCACCCACCGGAGAUGAUGGCCUGCACCGGGGCCCAUGGGCCGAGUGGGAGGAUGAGCUGCUAGUCAAGUAUGUGGCCAAGUACGGGGAAGGAAACUGGGCCAGCGUCAAGGAGAAGCCAGACAUUGGGCUGAAGAGAUGCGGGAAGAGUUGCCGGCUGAGGUUUUUGAACCACCUCAAGCCCGGUUUGAAGAAAGGAGCGUUUAGUGAGGAUGAGGAGGACCUUAUUUUCACCCUCCACACCUACUAUGGAAACAAAUGGUCAAGAAUCGCGCUGGAGCUCCCCGGACGCACAGACAAUGAGAUCAAGAACUUUUACCACUACAAGUGUAAGAAGCUGGAGAAUGCCAGGCUGUCGGUGCCGGGCCAGUCCGCGCAAGACAAGGUUCGGGCGCACGAGUUUGUGCAUAGCAGGAUGUCGACCGAGGAGCUCUCCAUCAACCUCGCCCCGCGCGAGCCCCCUCCUGCGAGCCUGCUUGGCAAGCGGGACCGGGCAGAUACCCCCGAUCGUGACGUCAAGUUCCAGAAGACCGACUCCGCCCGGCCUGUUCCGAUGCCGCCACUCCCGCCCCAACAAGGGAACAGCAACAUAACGUUGCGCGUGCCCAUCAUUGGGCCUUCCAAGCCCUUGCAGUUGGGGGACCAUCCCCCGAUUGAGAAGCCCCUUCCGGUGCAAAGAAUCACUUCAAACAAGAACCUCGAGUCUGCUGGCAAGCUCGCCCAGACUGCAAUCGACGCCGCGCGCGCCUCUGCGUCUGCGGGGGGGAGAGUGGACGAAGCAGCCCUCAUGGCGGCGGCGGCCUUGCAUAGGAACAGCACAAUGGACACAAAGCCUUCAGAUGCUGUAACAAACAUGAUGACGGGGGUAGCUCGCCUGGCGGCCGAAGCGGUGCUCCCACGGGCAAGCAGCACAGGGUUCGACCUGGGAGGGGGGGGUGGGCAGUUCCCGCUGCAGUUGCCGGCGGGAUACCUGCAGCAGCAGCAGCGGCUCGAGCUGCUGUCGCAGCUGUACAACACCUCAGAGCAGCAGGGGAUGAAAGUGCAGCAGCAGGUGGCGGCGCUGUUUCCCGCGAGCCCCGUCUCGAUCCUGGACGUGGCGCAGCUGGACCAGCACCAGAGGCAGCUUCUUGAAACACGGGUGCGUGCGCUGUUGGCGGCGAGGCGGGGGGGGGACGUCCUGAACCGCCAGGCGAGCGAGCCUGCGCGGCUGGACCUGUUGCGGCGUGCCAUGGAGAUUGAGGCGGCAGGGCGGGGUGCUAUUGGGGCAGCGCGGCCGGUGGACCAGGUGGAACAGACUCUAGAAAGGGCGGAGGCGUUUCUGCGGCCAAAGCAAGAAUUGGGGGCAGGGGGGGUGGGAGCCCCGGAGCACGGUCUUGACAGGCAGGAAGAGAUGAGGCCAGGCGGGUGGAGCGAUGAGCCAUUGCGCCAGGGGGGUGCCGGUCCUAUGGCCGAAGUCGGGCCCAGAGCAAAGAGCAGCGAGAUAGCGCCAAGCCAGACGACGGAGGGGGCUUCCCCCUUGUCCCACAUAGAGAGUGUUGAGAAGGAGGCAGCAAACCCCAAGGGGCGGGAAGACGGGGGCUCCAUUGGGUCAGAGGAGGUCAGGGCACAAGACUCGAGUGGCAGCUUGCUGGGUCCCAAGAUGAAGGCCUUCAAGGAGCUGCGGCGGCCGCAACUGGACAUACUGGGCCAGGGAGAGGAUCCGGAGCCCGGCCCGCUGACCGCUGCGGUCGGGCGCCACAUCAGCCCCUCGGAAAGCACGGCGCGCACGCCGGCGUGGCUGUGGUCCCCCCGGCUGAGCGCGGGGCGCAAGAAGUGGGCAGGCCCAAUCUGGAAGACGGUGAACGGACACUCGGUGGACAUCAGCGAGCUGAGCCCGGACUACGUCAGCGAGCUGUGGGGCCUGGACGCCGAGACGUUUGCGUGCAAAACGCCCACGCUGUCACUGUUCCCGGGGGCGGUCAGCGACGAUGAGGCCUUCAGCCUGACCGACCGGGGACCCAGUACGGCGCGCUCCCCGUCCACCAGCGACGGCCCCCCCUGGCUCCCGUGGCUGCCACUGGACGGCAAGGUGGUUACUCGGGAUGAGGUGUCGGGCAAGCUAGUGUCCCCUCGCACCGUUAUGGAAGCCAUCGAGAGCGGGCCCCUCAGUCCGUGGUCCCCGCGGGACUUGUUGGAGUCGCCCUCGGAUGGGCAGCUCACCAGCCUGGGGAGCAGCAGGGGCAGCGGGCGGGCCCACCAGUGGUGGCUCUCGCUCAUCGGCACCCCCCGCGAGCAGCCGGCGGAAGAGAAGCAGGACAGGGCAGGCCCGGGGGGGGGGUUCCGGGAGGGACCAGCUAGUGAAGCGGCACAAGGGCAGGAGGGAGGGGUGAAAAGUGGGGGUUUGGUUCGGGAGGCGAGCCUGAGAAUUGAGGGCAAGGUCGGGGAGUCCAAAGAAGGGGGCCUUGUUGCUGAGGGGACUUGGCCGUCGCUGGAGGACAAACGUCGGCCCACCAGUUCGUUCACCUUCGCCACGUUCGCUUCCCAAGGGGACCAGACUGGGGCUGGGGACGACCAACGAAAGGACGAAACACCCGCAGAGUCUGCGCCUGAGUCAGGGUUGAGAGGUGGCAGCCCCAAGUCGGCCUCUAUGCUGGAGCAGGUACGCAGCCUGUUCACCAGACCCAGCGGGCCGCGACUCGACUCAAAGUAGCGCUGCUCCCGAGUCCGGCAUUAACGUGCACGCGCAGGGGCGAGCAGCUUGCGAUACGAGCAGUGACUACAAUGUCCAAGGGGUGUCAAAGUUCUUAUGGGAGAAUGUUUUCUAGGACGACCGGAGUUGGACUGCAUGGUGCUGACAGCUGUACAGAGCAGGUUCGUUGGCUGUUCGUAUCGAAGUGUCUGCAAUCAGGACGUUCAAAAUUGCUCGAGUUGCCAGCCGCAAGAUUGACCUCCAGGAAGCUUAAUUUAGCUGUUGGUUUUGUAUCUAGUCAAAUGCUCGCAAGAGACAGGAAGCGUCAAUUUUCACUAGUGUAUGCGGUAGGUAACCUGUGAGGUAUGGCAGGCCAUCUUGCGGGACGGGCUGACCGUGUAAGGAAUAAACGUUAGAGCGCUUUUUUGAAGGUAACGCGAGUGGCCUAGCUGCUGUCGCGUCGAUUCUUGCAACGGUAGGUGUGUACCUUAGCUUUCAGCACAGUAGUCCGUAUUGCAGUGUAGGGGAUUGACAGCCUUAGUCAAUCACAGGUCCCACACCAAAACUUACAGGCAUGUCACAAACUGCAUAUUCCACAUGUACGUUUUGCAUUCCGGCAUUGAGAUAUCCCAACA